AUGAAGUUCGCACUCCUCGCUUUCACCGUGGUCGUCACUGCCUUGGCUCAAGACCAAGUUGUCCCAGCCAAAGUCACUUGGGGCGAUGAGGCCUCAGAGGACGGUUUCGAAAUCCUCGGGGGCCAGGAAGCCCAAUUCGGCCAGCACCGUUAUGUGGUUGGGCUCAAGAGGUCGUCCAAUGAUACGACCGAGUGCGGCGGGGUGGAAGGAGAAGACGCGUGUCGCGGCGACUCGGGGGGACCGUUGACCAUCAAAGAAAACGGUACCGUGCGCUUGGUGGGGGUGGUCAGCUGGGGCUUUGGCUGUGGUGUGCAUGUCGAACCAGGUAUCUAUGAACGCGCCAGCGCUGCUCGUGCUUUCAUUGAACCGCACUUGCCAAAUUAA